UGCCAGCGGAUCGUAGAGGACUGGCAGCGGAUUCUCAUGGUGCGUUCGCUAGUGCUCAACCCCCACGAGGACAUGAGAAUGUGGCUCAAGUACGCCAGCUUGUGUGGCAAGAGCGGCAGGCUGGCUUUAGCCCAGAAAACCUUGGUGUUGCUCCUGGGGGUCGACCCAUCCCGACAGCUGGACCAUCCCUUGCCCACUCUUCACCCUCAAGUGACCUACGCAUACAUGAAGCACAUGUGGAAAAGCGCCCACAAGAUCGAAGCCUUCCAGCACAUGCAGCAUUUUGUCCAGAUGAUGCAGCAGCAAGCCCAGCAUGCCAUCGCCACCGAGGACCAGCAGCACCGACAGGAGCUGCACAAGCUCAUGGCCCGGUGUUUCCUGAAACUGGGAGAGUGGCAGCUGAACCUGCAAGGCAUCAACGAGAGCACCAUCCCCAAAGUCCUGCAGUACUACAGCGCCUCCACGGAGCAUGACCGCAACUGGUACAAAGCCUGGCAUGCCUGGGCAGUGAUGAACUUUGAGGCAGUCCUGCACUACAAGCUCCAGAACCAGGCCCGGGACGAGAAGAAGAAGCUGCGCCACGCCAGUGGGACCAGCGUCACCAGCGCCAACACGGAAGGCAGCAACAGCGAAAGCGAGGCCGAGAGCCCUGAGAACAGCCCCGCCCCUUCUCCCGUGCAGAAGAAGGUUACUGAGGACUUAUCCAAAACCCUCCUGAUGUACACCGUGCCGGCCGUUCAGGGCUUCUUCCGAUCCAUCUCUUUGUCCCGGGGAAACAACCUUCAGGAUACGCUCAGGGUCCUUACGUUGUGGUUUGACUAUGGCCACUGGCCAGAAGUCAAUGAAGCCUUGGUGGAAGGGGUCAAGGCCAUCCAGAUAGACACCUGGCUCCAGGUGAUACCACAGCUGAUUGCAAGAAUCGACACACCUCGGCCUUUGGUGGGACGGCUCAUUUACCAGCUGCUGACUGACAUUGGAAGGUACCAUCCUCAGGCUCUGAUCUAUCCACUGACGGUUGCCUCAAAGUCAACAACGACAGCCCGGCACAAUGCUGCUAACAAGAUCUUGAAAAAUAUGUGCGAACACAGCAACACGCUCGUCCAACAAGCCAUGAUGGUGAGCGAAGAACUGAUCCGCGUGGCCAUCCUGUGGCACGAGAUGUGGCACGAAGGUCUGGAGGAAGCGUCCCGCCUCUAUUUCGGGGAGAGGAACGUGAAGGGGAUGUUCGAAGUGCUCGAGCCGCUGCAUGCCAUGAUGGAGCGUGGUCCCCAGACCCUCAAGGAAACCUCCUUCAAUCAGGCUUAUGGCAGAGAUCUGAUGGAGGCCCAGGAAUGGUGCCGGAAAUAUAUGAAAUCGGGAAACGUCAAGGAUCUCACUCAGGCUUGGGAUCUGUACUACCACGUCUUCCGGCGCAUCUCCAAGCAGCUGCCUCAGCUGACUUCCUUGGAGCUCCAGUACGUUUCCCCCAAACUCCUGAUGUGCCGCGAUUUGGAGCUGGCCGUCCCGGGGACGUACGACCCGAACCAGCAGGUCAUCCGCAUUCAGUCCAUCGCGCCCUCCCUGCAAGUCAUCACCUCCAAACAGAGGCCAAGGAAGUUGACCUUAAUGG